AUGAUUAUUAUCCCAGCCAAUGACACAGAUUUCUAUCCGUAUAUCCGUAUUCCUUACUCGUAUUCCCUACUCAUAUCCCCUACUCGUAUCACAUUCUCGUGCCCCAUCCCCGGACGUGUUACAGUAUUAUUAUUGCCACUUAUAAGGCCCUCCUUGUUUCAUGCUAAGCCUGCGUUAGACAGCGCAGGCUACAGGCAAUUACCGGCUUACAAGCCGUCACAUGGCUCACUUAUAAACUUUGGUAGCUUGGAAAAUUACAGAACUCAGGCCCGUACAGCGUUAAACCAAAGGACAUUGCCAGAAGUCAGCAUAACAGUACUUGAAUCUAUCAUCAGUAGCCAGUGGCAAGGUAUUCAAGUUUUGUAUAAAAGUCAAGCUGCUCAACCCAGAUACUUUUGGCACAAAUUGCCGGGCGAUUCAAGGGAUAAUAUUGUUACAAAAUAUAUACUUGUUAUUGACAUUCUCGGCAAUAUAUCUGGCCUUAUGGCAAAUACAGCCUCAACUACAAUCAGAACACCAGUGACAGUAGCAAAUUCUCACAUGUGUUAUAUAGCUUCAGGGUGA